CUUUGAAGUUUUGGUCUGGAACUUUCAAGUUGGUUGUAUAACGCCAUCUGCCAUAAUCUUGAUACUUUUACACGAGUUACACCAGAUUCUCUGUACAUCAUAGCUGCGCAUAACUUACUCUAGUACUCGUACAUCAUUUGUUACACUAAUUCUACCAAGUUCUCGAGACCGACCAAAGCGGCCAUGAUCAGCGUCAUCCUGUGAUAGACUCCAGCAGCGCGAAACAUCCAGGUCAGGAACGGAAUUCGACUCCCCGCCGACGGCUUUCACCAUCGAAAUCCCCCCUUCGAGAAUUCUCCCUCCUUCUCUGUCUCUCCAGGCAUUGCCAACGCGCAAUUGGACGAUUGCUAUGGCGCAAUAUACAGCAUCGACCGGCUCGUCCUUGAGAGCCUCGCCAAACCUCCGACAACACCAUGCCGACACCAGCGCGGCCCAAGACACCACCGAAAAGUUCCCCGACUUCGAUACUUCUCAAACAACAAACGGCUAUCCCAGCGGCAACGGCCGGUCUAUAAAUACCGGUUCUAAUGCGCCCUCGGAUCAAUGGCGACCGAGAAGGGAAAGCAAAGUGACAUGGGCUCCUAGAGACUCCCCAGGGCCCGUAAACGCCUACUCCCAUGGCCGUGGUCAUUCUAGGCAAACGAGCAUUAGCAAUGCGAUACACCGGAUGCGCUCAGGGAGUAUGAGCCAGAAUGCUCAUGAGAUUGCGGAAGCACUUCGUGCGCCUGUAUCCUACAAGCUAAUAGGGCUCUGUAUGAUGUGGUACUGGUCCUCAGCGCUGACCAACACCUCUUCCAAAUCGAUCCUCACGACUUUUGACAAACCCGCGACCCUCACGCUGAUCCAAUUCGCCUUCGUUUGUUCCUACUGCCUCCUAGCCUCCUGGUUAGCUUCGACGUUUCCCAAGCUGCGCACCGCCGUGCCCGCACUCAAACACCCGAUUCGCAAGCCCUCGCGCGAUGUCAUUGUCACUACGCUUCCUCUGGCGGCCUUCCAGAUCUUCGGCCACCUCCUCUCCUCGUCCGCGACCUCCAAGAUCCCCGUCUCGCUCGUCCACACUAUCAAGGGUCUAUCCCCAUUAUUCACCGUGCUCGCCUACCGCUUGAUAUUCGACAUUCGCUACCCGCGCGCAACAUACUACUCCCUCGUGCCCCUGACAAUCGGCGUCAUGCUUGCUUGUUCCGGCAAACACUCGUUUGGCGAGGGCCAGUUCCUCGGCAUCCUCUACGCCCUAAUAGCCACCAUCAUCUUCGUCACCCAGAACAUCUUCUCCAAGCGGCUCUUCAACGAAGCCGCGCGCGCCGAGCAAGAAGACGGACACAGUAACGGUCACCGGUCCAAGAAGCUCGACAAGCUGAACCUUCUCUGUUACUCCUCUGGCAUGGCCUUCAUCCUUACCGGUCCCAUCUGGCUGUGGUCUGAAGGCUUCUCCAUAAUCGGCGACUUCCUCUGGGACGGCUCGGUCGACCUGAGCGAGACGCCCAACUCGUUCGACCACGGCCGUCUGACCCUGGAAUUCAUCUUCAACGGCACCUUCCAUUUCGGCCAAAACAUCCUCGCCUUUGUGCUGUUGAGCAUGGUAAGCCCAGUCACUUACAGCGUCGCCUCCCUGCUCAAGCGCGUCUUCGUCAUCAUCAUCGCCAUCAUCUGGUUCCGCUCGCCGACGACCAAUGUCCAAGCCGUCGGCAUCGCCCUCACCUUUUUGGGUCUGUAUUUGUACGACCGCAGCCAGGAGAAGAACAAAGCCGACCAGCGCGCGCGCUCGCUGUCUCGCUCCAAGAUGCACGAGUCGAUCCUACCGCUUAACACCAAGCAAACCACCGAAACGUCUUCCCAGUAUCAACCCUCCAGCCUGAAUACCCAAAUAGGCGGGUACGGAUACAUGCCCUCCAUCCAGCCCACCACAAGUAGUGCCGACCUUGGCGCGAAUAAGAAGGAUGAUGGGCCCAACCCUUCGUCAGUGUCAACAACAGGAGGAGGUGGGAGACAAAGAGGCGCGAGCAUGGCCAAGUCUAAUGGGGGAUGGCUGCCGCCGGGGACGAGGCAGGAACAUACAUGGAGGGUUGGGGACGGGCGUGGGCAGAAUGGUGCCGAAGUUUCAGGGCCGGCGGGAGUUGCUGUCAUGUCUUAGGAUAGAGGUUUAGAUAGCAUCAAACCGGCAUUGUUGGAUUUGAUUGUAAUGAUAUUCUGAAGAGAUUUUAUUCUGUAGAGGUAUUUCCGGUUGUUAUUAUUAUUAUUGAAUGCAAUGUGUUUUGGAUGCCUUGCGUUGUGGUCUUGGGUGACUUGGGGUCUGGACUUCAGUUUUUGUUGACU